UCAAGCCGGUUCCUUCACUACCCCUGUUUUUCUUCCAGAGGAUACGACGGGAAAUCUGAUCUUCACGUUGGAAUAUCCAACAGUAACGGUGUGGUGUAUAAUUACAACCAAGAGGGCAUCCACAGAUCUGAAACAGGAUGGGAACAGUGCAUUAGUGUCCCACUGGUACAGCCAGACAUGUUUGGUCUUCUUCAGCAGUGGGAUAAGCUCCUAGAGGAAUUUUCUGUGGGAGAGGCCUGGCUCCCUCACAGGUAUGAAGAGCAUGAGCACAACUGCUACACGUACGCCCUGGCGUUCAUCAACAGCAUCCGGGCGGCACAGGGCAAACAGCACAUCAGCAAGAGUGAAUUCACUGAGAAGUUCGUGAUCCCACAGACAAGGAGAGCUUCCAAAUACAUUACUCUGCAUCAGGAGCUGACAGCAAACGAGUUCUACAUUGUACCCCUUCCUGAGCAAGAAAACAGUGCAGAAAAUGAGUUGCUGUAUUAA